CAUUUGUCGAGAUGGGGCUCGUCGGGUGGGAGACCGGACUGGACUGCCAGCACCAACGAGCUUGGGAAGCUUCGGAGGUCGAACUCGUUCGAGCUCGGGAAUGGGGACGAGCCGGACUUAUCGUGGGUUCAGUCCCUGGUCAAGGAGUCUCCAGCUGAAAUGAAAGAGAAGGUUAUGCCAAUGCAGCAAGGUAGUGGUAGCUUUCCUUCUUCAGGUGAGAGUAUCUCAAUGAAUGUGAACUCGCAGAUUGAUUCGAUUGAUAAGGCCAUGGGAGCGUGGAUUGAGCAGCUCCAGAUAGAUCAGCUUGUGGCUCAGCAGAACUAACAGAUGAGCUAGCCACAGUUUUUGAAGGUGUAACGUAACGUAACGAGUUGAUGGAAAUGUGAGAGAGAGGUGACUGUUUUUUGGCUUCUAGGGGUCAUGUUCUUCCUUUUGCCACACAUCAAUUCAAUGUGUGUUACCCUAACCUGAAACAUUUGUUGUAUGAUGUAAUUGUAUGGUGGGUUAAUGCCACAUUUGGUCACUGUA